UCUCGCUCGCAUACAUUCUCUCUUCAAUCUCCUUCCUCCAUCUCUGUACACAGGCUGAAUGUUACAUGAUCAUUCCAAGUCUUUCAACUGUUUUCAUAUUCUUAAAAAUUUUCGGUUUUUCCUCAGAAACGAAACGGAGUACUCUGUUCCAAGUUCGGAACUUUAACAUUAACAUCCCCAACACUGCUUGAAUUCCACCUCUUCUUUCAACUACCUUAGUUUACCCAAAUGGUGAGUUUCUUUGAAGAAAAAACAAUGACUACAGCCGCUGCUCAAAAUGUGAUAACUGAUCUCAACAUGGCAAUCACCGUGACCGUAUCGGCACAGAAGCCGCGUGCACCUAAUGGAUACAUCUCCAUUUCAAGGAAGAAGUUGCUGCAAAACCUUGAAAUCAGCGCGGGGGCAAGAGUUAAUGCAUGGGUUGAUUCCAUGAGAGCCUCUUCUCCUACUCAUAUCAAAUCCACACCUUCCCUUUCUGAUGGCCAAGGUUCCUGGAAUCUACACCAUCCAUCUGCCCUUGAGAUGUUUGAGCAGAUAAUCGAUGCGUCGAAAGGGAAACAAAUCGUAAUGUUUCUCGAUUACGACGGAACUCUUUCACCUAUUGUUGAGGAUCCGGAUCGAGCUUUCAUGUCCAAGAAGAUGAGAAAGACUGUGAGAAAGCUUGCUAAGUGUUUCCCCACUGCUAUAGUGACUGGCAGAUGUAGAGACAAGGUGUAUAAAUUUGUCAAGUUAGAUGAGCUGUACUAUGCUGGAAGUCAUGGCAUGGACAUUAAAGGGCCAGAGAAACGUUCCAAAUCUAACAAAGUCAGUGAAUCUGUUCUUUUCCAACCAGCUAGUGAAUUCCUUCCCAUGAUAGAUCAGGUUUACAAACAAUUGGUUGAUACUACAAAAUCUACUACGGGAGCUAAGGUCGAGAACAACAAGUUUUGUGUUUCGGUACACUUCCGAUGCGUAGACGAAAAGAAAUGGGGUGAACUGGCACAGAAGGUUAGAUCAGUCCUAAAGGAAUACCCCAAACUCCGGUUAACUCAAGGCAGGAAGGUUCUGGAAAUCCGUCCUACGAUUAAAUGGGACAAAGGGAAAGCCCUUGAAUUCUUGUUAGAGUCUCUAGGAUUCGCUAACUGUACCAACGUUUUUCCGGUCUAUAUUGGAGAUGAUCGAACGGAUGAAGAUGCAUUCAAGAUAUUGAGAGACAGAGGACAAGGUUUUGGCAUUCUGGUCUCCAAGUCUCCUAAGGAAACAAGUGCAUCGUAUUCGUUACAAGAACCCGGCGAGGUGAUGGAUUUUUUACGGCGCUUGGUUGAAUGGAAACAGUUAUCUUUGCGAGCACAAUCCAGAAUAUAAAGACAAGUAGAUAUGGGGGGAAAAUACUUGUCCACUAGCCUAAGAACAGUAAAAGGGUGAUGAUUAAAUUAUGUAGUAAAUUCCUAUUCAAGAUAAUUAAGGAAAGAUGAACAAGAAGGAACAGAAAAAAAUACGAAAUCUGUCUUGAUUUUUGGCUUGAAAGCCUUGUACAUCUUGCAACUUCCUAAUUACAAGGGUAAAAGACCUGUAGCUUUGACA